AUGGCAGACUCUACCUUCACGGCGCCUUUGUCCAAGGCUUUUGGAUAUGGUAUCAUCCUUGGACUGGGUUUUGCCUUUGCCUUGUUGAUGAUCUUUAUUACUUGGGCUUUGAGACGCUAUCAAAAUGAAGUUCAAACAUCAGAAAUGUUCUCGACUGCCGGCCGGUCUGUGAAGUCAGGAUUGGUUGCUGCUGCUGUGGUCAGUAGUUGGACAUGGGCAGCCACUCUUCUGCAGUCCUCCGCAGUAGCAUAUAAAUAUGGUGUCUCUGGGCCCUUCUUCUACGCAUCAGGCGCCACCGUCCAAAUCCUUCUCUUCGCAACAAUCGCAAUUGAGUUAAAACGUCGCGCACCAAACGCCCACACCUUCCUGGAAGUCAUCCGUGCCCGUUAUGGAACAAUUGUUCACUGUGUCUUCAUCGUCUUCUGCCUAAUGACCAACAUUCUCGUGACAGCAAUGCUGUUAACUGGCGGUGCAGCCGUGAUGACCUCCCUUACUGGCGUGCCAACCGCAGCAGCUUGUUUCCUCCUCCCAAUUGGUGUGGUUCUUUACACCCUGUUCGGAGGUAUCAAAGCAACCUUCAUCACAGACUAUAUGCACACAGUGGUAAUUCUGGUGGUAAUCUUCCUCUUCGCUUUCUCCGCCUAUGCCACCAAUGCCGAACUAGGCUCCCCAUCCAAGGUAUACGACGCCCUAGUGUCAGCCUCCAAGCGUCACCCGGUCGAAGGCAAUGCAGAGGGCAGCUACCUGACUAUGCGCUCAAAGGAAGGUGGAAUCUUCUGGAUCAUCAACUUGAUCGGUAACUUCGGCACUGUCUUCCUCGACAACGGCUACUACAACAAAGCCAUCGCCGCCAGUCCCGUCCACGCUUUCCCCGGCUAUGUCAUUGGUGGUCUUUGCUGGUUCGCCAUUCCCUGGCUUUGCGCUAGCACAAUGGGACUAUCCGCAUUGGCAUUGGAAGGGACACAGCGUAUGAGUUCUAACGAUGUCACCGCCGGAUUGGUUCUCCCCUUCGCCGCCGUCAAGCUGCUGGGCUACAGCGGUGCUGUUGCUACGACAUUGAUGAUCUUUAUGGCGGUAACAUCUGCUUUCUCCGCGCAGUUGAUUGCCGUUUCUUCGAUCUUCACCUAUGAUAUUUACCAGGCCUACAUCGACCCCUCUGCUAAGGGCAAGAGACUCGUUUGGAUCUCGCACAUGUCUUGCAUCGUCUACUCAAUCAUCAUGGCUGGAUUUGCUACCGGUCUCUACUAUGCCGGUAUUGGCAUGGGAUACCUUUACCUCCUAAUGGGCGUUAUCAUUUCCUCAGCCGUCUUCCCAGGCGCAAUGACCCUCCUCUGGAAAGGCCAGAACCACAUCGCAGCUGCUGUCUCUCCACCACUCGGUUUGGCAGUCUCCCUCAUUGCCUGGCUGGUUACAGCAAAGAAGGAGUCCGGGAUCUUGACCGUUGACACAACCGGCGCGAAUUACCCAAUGUUAGCAGGAAACGUCGCAGCCCUACUGAGCCCUGUAGUCUUCAGCCCAAUCCUGACCUACGCCUUUGGCCCGCAGAAUUACAACUACGAGUCCAUGCGCGCAAUCCGCAAAGUCGACGACUCGGAAGUUGCUGCGGCGGCUCACGUCGACCUAGAGCUGGUACCAGGCGAAGUAGCCCCAGAAGCAGGCCAAACAGAAGAAGAAGACCGCCAGUUGAAUCGCUCGGCAUUGUACGCGCGAACACUAACAAUCUUCAUGGCGCUUGCUUUCUUGAUUCUCUGGCCGAUUCCCAUGUAUGGAUCUUCCUACGUCUUCAGUCGGAAGUUCUUCACCGGCUGGGUUGUUGUGGGUAUUAUUUGGUUGUUCUUUACCUUGUUCGGUGUGGUCGUGUUCCCGCUUUAUGAGGGACGUGAGAGUAUCUGGCGUGUUGCUCGGAUGAUGGCCUUUGAUUGUAUGGGUGUUCGCCCUGCUGUUUAUCGGGGGAGGAAGGCUGGUGCUGAGACUGGGGAGGCUACGCCUUCUGGUCUGCAGACGCCUGAUGUCGUCGGCGAAAAGGGGGAGAAAGUUAAGGGGGUGGAAGAGUGA